CACUGAAUUCCCAGAACUUUCCCAGACCACGUCCCAAAUAGACGCCGGGUCUCAGUUCCACACCCGCCUAGGCAUCGGCUCGACUGCUCUCACUUCACGAAUGACGGCGUCGUCGCUUGUCGUCCUAUCUUCGAGUCGCACAGCAUUAUUAUGUCAUCACUGAAUGGCGCCGGUGCUCUCAAGGUACGCUCAAGGUGCCGCAAAGCACAUGCAGUGUCUCCCAGAGCUGGAAGCGCGAAAACCGCACUCGGACCGGCGAAAUCGAGCACGGUGCUCUCGAAGAUGAUCUCGGCGAAGUGGCGCCCAUUGGUCCCGGAGGAACGCAUGCUGUGGGAUGAGAUGCCAAAGCAAAGCAGCGGAAGAGAGAGCACGAGCUGAGAUACUCCUACUACGUCUCUUCUGGGCGUAGCGUGCGGCAUGAUCCAACUCAAGUCGAUUCAGGAACGAGGGCGUGUGGGAGGAACCGGCAUCAGCGAGGAGACGGGCAGAAACCGCAAGUGCUCGACAACAACUGAUGUCUCCCACCUCGCUUGUCCCGACGCUUACCCUACAGGACCCCUGUGCGCAAUAGGACUUCCAGCCGCAGGUCGUCAAUGCACAGUUCUCCGACAGUCUGAGACUCGGACCGUCUGGACUUCCAGGCUCGAUCUCAGUCACUCCUGCCUUGGAGCCCUUCGCCGGCUACAUCGAGCCUUGCAAUCCUCCGGCUGCAUACUUCGAUCCGCUGCCAUCAUUGUGCGGCGAUUACACAUCCACCUGAAAUUUGUCCUUGCCGUGGGCUACGGAGCCGGUUUUGGCGCUUGCGAUUACGACUCGGACAAAGCUCCUAGGGGCACUGCUGGCUGGGAGUUUGCUGCCGAUGCUCUCCCAGAAGGAGACGAUGGGGCCCCCGUGAUGUGCCCUGGGUCGGAAUGCGCUGGAAUCAUCAUGAGAUGAUCGCCUUCUUUCAUUCUGCCCUUUGCGCUCUAUCUAUGGUACCUCUGGAUUCUUCAUACUUGAUCAGUAAGUGAGAUAUCACUCAGUUUGCACCGGGCCUGAAACCUGUCAGACAACAAAAAAGAGCAAGAGAAUUCUAUCCGUUUCUUUGAUAUCGCUAUGCCAUGUAUGCAAGGACGGGUACCGUAAAUUCUACUCGUUGGAAGUACAAAUCAUAUAUGAGACUUGAUGUACUGGUCAGCAAGGGAAUAUACUGGUCAGGCUGCGUA